UCAUGUUUCCUAUACGUCACACGACAAAAUUUUAACCACUUCUCACGGCGUGACUGCUUAAUAUGAAUAAGUAUGUGCAAACAUUUGUAGUGUAUGUGCUGCAGUGGUUUUAAAUGUGUAAGAACUUAAAGUGCUAAGCAUGACUUGGAGAAAGUGAGACACUCUCAGCAACUGUAAUUCAUUAUAGACAGUUUAGAUUGUGUUUUCGAUUGACAUUGGAACUCUUCUGUCUCGUGAGAUCACAAAAUGUUGUCGAUAAUGUGACUUCUGAUUAUUCCGAGAAGCAAGUGUCAGUGGAUAUCGACUUCUGAAAUCGGGAGCGCUUGAUGUCUUACUUGUCUAAUAUCGCCUUUACGGACAUAGCAGCUUAUGCACGGGGCAAGAAAAACAAACGAGUCUUCCCGGAGUUGUUUUUAUUUUAUUGCACUAGACUUCUUCAAACAUAAAGAGGAAAAGUGAAUGAUUCGAUAGUUUGCGGACAAAAUGUGAGAUAAAUUGGAAGUUUAUUGAUAAUGAAUCAACUUUUUCGGCAUUAAACUGACAGAUUGAGAAGGUUAUUGAAAACUCUACACGGCAUUAUGCCAUGCUUGAUAAAAAUGGACAUUUUUCGGUGUUCUCUGCUUUUAUUCGUUAUGUCGGUUUUUGCUGAAAAACGAAGAAUUGCGCGGUCUGAUCCAGAGGGAGAUCUAGUGAUAGGGGCGUUAUUUCCGGUGCACAAAGGUCCGAAAGACUUGACCGGAUAUACCCGUACUUGUGGCGAGGUUUGGGAACAGUACGGAAUACAUCGGGUAGAAAUUUUUCUCCGCACACUAGAAGAAAUUAAUAACGAUAGUUCUCUUCUACCUAACAUUACUCUAGGGUAUGACAUUCGAGACUCUUGCUGGUAUUCUCCAAUCUGUUUGGAACAAAGCAUAGAUUUCAUUAAAGACUCUAUUGCAAGUCUGGAUGAAUCGGAAUCUAAGAAUACAACCGACGGAUGUAAAACGGAGAAUCGUAAGCCGAUAGUUGGUCUGAUUGGACCGGGCACCAGUCAGAACACCAUCCAGGUCCAAAACCUACUGCAGAUCUUCAAGCUACCCCAGAUAGGUUACUCUGCUACCAGCAUGGAGCUAAGUGAUAAAAACUUGUACAAGUAUUUUAUGAGAGUGGUUCCUUCAGACAUGUUUCAGGCGCAAGCCUUGUUAGACAUAGUGCUCCAAUUCAACUGGACGUAUAUCUCAACAGUACACACAGAUGGAAAUUAUGGACAAAGGGGCAUCGAAUCAUUUAUAAAGCUUGCUGAUGAUGCAGGGGUGUGCAUCGCGAAAUCUGCAAAAAUAGCAAGAGGAGCCACGGAUGAAGAACAUACAGAAAUAAUCAAAACACUGAUGAAAAAACAACGAGCCAGGGUGGUCAUCUGCUUCUGUGAUGGCGAGACCGUGCGGUCUCUGUACAACGCCACCACAAUGGUUCCGGGCGCCAAAAACCAUUUUCUGGUUGUUGGAAGUGAUGGUUGGAAUGACAGACCCGACGUCGUCAGAGGAAACGAGGAAAACGUAGCUGGAGGGAUGUCAAUAAAACUGACAUCGCCAAAAAUUGCAGACUUUGACGAAUAUUUCAACAAUUUGAACCCGUACACAAACAGCCGAAAUCCCUGGUUCAAGGAGUUCUGGGCUAAGACGUACGACUGUACAUUUAAUGAUAACUCAGUACAGGAGAAAGGCUUCAAGAAGUGUACAGGUAAAGAAACACGACGGGAACGGGAGUAUGUACAGGACUCCAAACUUGGUUUCGUUAUAAACGCCGUAUACACAAUGGCGCAUGCUUUGCACAAUAUGCAGGUGAAUAUCUGCGGCAGUAAUAAGGGACUUUGCCCUGAGAUGCUCCCAGUGAAAGGAGACCUUUACCUGGACUACCUGCUGAACGUUUCUUUAACCACCUAUAGUAAUUAUGAACUACACUAUGACGCCAAUGGUGAUCCGCCAGCAAGGUAUGAUAUCAUGAAUUUUCAAAAAAUAAAGGACGAGGCGGGAAACGUGACGUACAAAUACGUCAGAGUAGGGAGUUGGGAGACUGGUCAGCUCUCUAUGAAUGAAUCCCUCAUCUACUGGCCGUCCAGUGGAUUUGGCAGUGAAGUGGAGUCUGUGUGUAGUGAUCCAUGCACAAAAGGCUCAGUCAAAAAGCUGGACGAUCAGACCAAGUGCUGCUGGACGUGUAUUCCUUGCAAAGAGAACGAGAUCAUGAUGGAUUCCAACACGUGUAAGGCGUGCGCCAUUGGCUGGUGGCCGAAUGAGGAGUUGACAGCUUGCAAGGAGAUCAACAUAGAGUACCUGAGUUGGUACGACAACGAGGCUGUGAUUGUGGUGGCGGUUUCCUGUUGCGGUAUUUUUGCCACCUUGUGGAUUGGAGUCAUAUUUUUACGUCACCACGACACUCCUGUAGUGAAAGCAUCAACAAGGGAGUUGAUGUAUAUCAUCAUGUUAGGAAUCAUUAUGGCUUACUCAUCGAACUUUGUUCUUUUGGCAAAACCUACAAUCGUCACUUGUUAUUUUUCAAGAAUCCUACCUGGUUUGUCUUUUUCCUUAAUCUAUGGAUCAUUAGUGACAAAAACAAACAGAAUCGCCAGAAUUUUAGAAGGAACCAAAAAGAUAAUCACUAAGAAGCCUCGGUUUAUGAGCGCGUCAGCCCAAGUUAUCAUUACUUGUAUUGUCGUGGGAAUAGAGUGUGCCAUUAUUACUGUGAUGUUAAUUAUUGAGCCCGCUGAUUCAAUGCUGGACUAUCCAACUGUAAAACGCGUGAGACUCAUCUGCAACACUACAACGAUGGGCAUUGCGGUCCCAUUUGGUUUCGAUCUGAUGCUAAUAUUUAUGUGCACUCUUUACGCUAUUAAGACCAGAAACUUGCCGGAAAAUUUCAACGAAGCGAAAUUUAUAGGUUUUACCAUGUACACAACCUGCGUCAUUUGGUUAGGGUUCUUUGCGUAUUAUUUUGGCAGUGAGCCAAUGAUACUGACUAUGUCCAUUUGCAUUUUUCUUAGUGCCACUGUAGCAUUGGUGCUGUUGUUUUUCCCAAAAGUAUAUGUUAUCGUCUGCGCCCCAGAGAAGAACACGAGGAGUGCGUUUACCACGUCCAAAGAUGUGCGCUGCCACAUAGGCUCAGUGUCCUAUCAUUCAGAGAGCGGAAACGAUUUUGGAAAAGACAAGAUGCCAUUUGAGAAGGGAAUAGGAUUUCCACACCGAAAGAAGUUUUCUUUUGGUAAAUUAAAACUUGGUCAAAAGCAUACAAUUAACAAUAGAAAGGAAACCGCUUCACUACCACCAAACAUAAAGCUGAAUCGGGAAAACUCGAUGCACAUUCAGGUCCCAACCAAUCAGAAGUUUCCAUGGAACAAGAAAGAUAACUCCAACUCGGACUCCGGGGACGAGAACGAUCGAUUGUCCACCAUUAGCUCGAAAGAGGAGUCACGAAGUGGGAGUGAGAAGAGAAGGAGACAGUGUAAGCAGGACUGUGGCUGUCAGACGGACGCCGACCUGUACGACAACCUCCUCUACCGCUCGUCCAUUCGACGGAGAAGGGCCGGAAAUGUUUGUCACGAGUCAAAUGGCUCAAUCAACAGUGAUGAAAUUUUCUUGUCCUUACCUGUAUCGGAUUCUACUGAUCAUAGAGGGGUGUAUAGAUUGUCUCCGAGGCAUUCCGAUCGGAGCCCUUUAUUGGGAGGGUAUGACUCGUCAUUGGAGGGAGACCGCAAGGGGGAAGAUUUCUAUUUCCCAAUGAAUAAUUUUUCAAAUCUUCUUGUUCAUGAGAAUGUAUCGGCUGAAGUCCCUUUUAAAUCUGAGUCGUUGCAUCCGUUAAACAAACGUGAGCCUCUUCCUAUUAAACGAACAGAUGAUUCAUAUGCUGCCGGCACAUCUAUUAAAUAUUCCAGUGAAUCAUUUGAUUCAAAAUUGAAAGACUAUAACGAUGAAUCCGAAAAACUUAUAGAAAAUGGGCAUCUCGUUCAAAUUGACGAAAUUCCUUUUAAUAAUAGUAACAGUUGUACCAUUCACAAGUCUCCACCUACCCUAAAGAUAGGGUACAGCGAUCUGUAUAAAAGAAGACAGUUCCCUCAUCCGGUAAUUGUGGAGGAAAAGUCUUUAGACAAAAGUCGUUAUCCAUUAUCAAAAAUGCAACAAAAGACGUGUGUUUCUCCUUUACAACAAACAGGUCACUGUAACUGUGUUAUCACGGACGCCAUUCCUGGGCAGUUUUCAAGGCCCAGACUUAGUGUGACGUCAUACACAUCGUCGGCUGCCUCUCCUGCUUCAGCAGACGACAUGGCGACGUAUGGAAUUCAGAAAUUGGAGGAGGAGGAAGUGUCCAUGCUUUCUUUUCGAGAUUACAUGAAAAACAGAGGGAUUGACUUGGACAUGUCCGAUGUUCAAUCGAGUGAGGUUUAACUGGUGUCAAAUAAACAGUUUGUGCUUGCUAGUGUAGCCAAAUUAUUUUAAUAAGUUGCACUGUUAUUUUUAAUUACAUUUUUUAUACUUACAAUUGUCGUUCAUUUGUUAAAACGUUACUUAAACUUUUUUAAAGACUUCGAGGACUUAAUUUACUGUUUUACUAGCCAUGAUUGCUUUUUACUUUUUUAGAAAACUUUUUCAUAUUAAAUAAUAUCUUUUCUAACAUAAUAUUAUAUAAAUAGUGCCUGUUUGGGAGGGUAA